GCCGAUCCCGCCUCCCAUGGUGCCCCGCGCCGUCUGAAUGGGGCAGAGCCAAGAUGGCGGCGAGCGCGGCCCCGGCGGGYGGCGGGUCCCUGUUCGAGUGCCCGAGCUGGGCAGGGAAACCACCACCUGGCUUACACCUGGAUGUAGUCAAAGGAGACAAACUCAUUGAGAAACUUAUCAUUGAUGAGAAGAAAUACUAUCUCUUUGGGAGAAAUCCUGAUCUGUGCGAUUUUACCAUUGACCACCAGUCUUGCUCUCGGGUCCAUGCUGCCUUGGUCUAUCACAAACAUCUCAAGAGGGUUUUCCUCAUAGAUCUGAACAGCACACAUGGCACAUUCUUGGGUCAUAUCCGUUUGGAAGCUCACAAACCCCAGCAGAUCCCCAUUGACUCCACGGUUUCAUUUGGAGCCUCCACCCGUGCAUACACUCUGCGAGAGAAGCCRCAGACGCUGCCCUCAGCGGUGAAAGGGGAUGAGAAGAUGGGUGGUGAGGAUGAGGAGCUCAAGGGUUUGCUGGGGCUGCCAGAGGAGGAGACAGAACUGGACAAUCUGACAGAGUUUAAUACAGCCCACAACAAAAGGAUCUCCACACUGACCAUUGAGGAAGGGAACUUGGACAUCCAGAGGCCAAAGCGAAAACGAAAGAACUCCAGAGUGACGUUCAGUGAUGAUGAUGAGAUCAUCAAUCCGGAGGACGUGGACCCGUCUGUGGGGCGGUUCCGGAACAUGGUACAGACAGCAGUGGUCCCUGUGAAGAAGAAGCGCCUGGAGAACGCAGGCUCGCUGACCACAGAUGACUCCACGUCGCGGCGCAUGCAGAGCUUCCCCUACAGCGGAGGAUUGUACGGGGGGCUGCCCCCCACCCACAACGAGGCGGGGUCGCAGUCACACGGYGUCCAUGGGACCGCGCUCAUCGGGGGGCUGCCCAUGCCCUACCCCAACCUCGCCCCUGAUGUGGACUUGACUCCAGUUGUGCCCUCCACAGUGAACAUGAACCCAGCUCCAAACCCCGCUGUCUUCAACCCUGAAGCUGUGAAUGAACCCAAGAAGAAGAAAUACGCCAAGGAAGCCUGGCCGGGCAAGAAGCCGACCCCGUCCCUGCUGAUCUGAGCUGGGCUUAGGGAGGAUGGGAGUUAACAACUCCAGAAACUUUUCAUGUGUGGUAUCAUCUUUUUAAAAUUUCAGUGUCCUAACAGAUGUAAUACCAAGAUUGGAGAAGUGAAAUAUCCUUUAAAGAUCUGUCUUCAAAUGUUUUUAUAUGUCUGUUAAAAAACGAAACAAUACAGCUCCCAUCUCCUUUUGAACCAAAACCCCUACAGCCUUUUCUUAGCCACCAGUGUCCCAGAGGUCUUUGUGUGGGCUUGGAUCCACAAGUCAAAGGGGCAGUCACACAAUUUAAUUAUCACUUAUGGCAUGACCCUGCAGGUCUGUGUAUGUCAGUGCUGGGCUAACUGUGAUGGCUGCUGGACGUGCUCGCAGCAGAGCAGCUCUGUUAGGAGGAAAUGUUUGUGGGUCCAAGCCUUGCAGAAUCCCAUUAGUAGGAGUUGUAAAACUUGUGGAAUAUAGGUCAGCUUUUAUUUUUUAUAUUUUCAAAGCCCCACCAAUGUGGGGCAUCCUCUAUUAUUUUUUUAAGUUUGGCUACCGCUUGUUUUAAUUUCCAUGUAAAACACUAGAGCAUCCCAUGAGUCAUGAGCUGAGAUGGAUAAGCAAUAGGUGGGUUCCUUAGCUUUGUUCAGUGCUGCAGGAUGGGGUCUGUGGGAUGGAUACAGGGUGCACAGGUGAAGGGUCAGAGCAUCUGACAGGGACAGGCACUGUCUGCACUGUGCCGUGGUGACUCCCCUGGAUAACUCGGGGUGAAGUUAAYACAGUGAAGUUUCUUUCAGACGUGGUGGCACCUGUACCUUAAAUAGUUUCAUUWUUAUUUGCAAAUGGAACUUGUAAGCUCCAAGUAUAUGAGAUUGAACAAGACACAAAACUGGGAGGACUGGCGUGUUUCCCUACACACAAAUAUUUUGGCUGCUGGGAACAGCAGGUGAGAAUUGAAUGCUGCUGAGAACCAGAAUAUUAAUUCUUGGUAGAUGGUUGUUGCUCAAGUUCUUCAGUUCCUGGGUUUAGAUUUGAAAAUUAUUCACAUAUUCAGACACUGGCUGUACUUUACCCAAGGUAGGGCCAGAGCUCUGUUACUCUUACAAUGACUCUGGAAUUUUGUACACUCUCUAAUGCAGUUCAGCCACGAGCCACAUUCCUUUGUUGUUUGGGGGAUCCAGGAAAUGUGCACUAAAAUGAGGGCAUGUACCUGGCUGUUCACUGUGUUCAGGACUGCAGCUGCCUUGGAGAAGUAGUGCCAGGUUGCUAGGCCAGGGCUGUGUUCCAGUGAGCUGGGGUGCUGCAUCAGUGCUGUGUUCCAGUGAGCUGGGGUGCUGGAUGGUGCUCAAUCAGUGCUGUGUUCCAGUGAGCUGGGGUGCUGGAUGGUGCUGGAUCAGUGCUGUGUUCCAGUGAGCUGGGGUGCUGGAUGCACCAGACCCCUUUUUAGACAGAUGCUCCAAAAUCUCUGUUAGUUCUGCUCUGCAGUGAUUGCUUCAAUCAUGUCCUUGAGGUAAAACUGAGCUGGCAGCUGCCCAGCUCACAAGAGCCUUGGCUUUAGAGACUGCUUUAUUUCCUCUCCACACCAUCACAUCCAGCUCAGACUAUUCCAUGUGUGGAUUCAGCACCUGCUCCAUGAUCCAGCUGCAUUGCUCUGUGUUUAAGUUGCCAUUGAUGAUUCAGACGUUGGGCGUUUGUUCUGCUUCCCAGUGCUCCCACAAUGACUCAAAAUCUCUCUCUAUAGUCUGGCCUGUAGGAUUUUCAUUUCCCAGCCAGUUGCUCUCUGAAGGCAACUCUUUAGGGUAAGACUAGUCAGGACAAACAAAAGUUGAGCAGGUUUUCUUCUUUUUCUGUUUUGUUUUAGGGUUUUUUGUUUUAUUUUGGGGGGAGGGGGGUUGGGUUUGGGGUUGGUUUUUUCUGCAAGUGGCUCUUUGCAAGAUUUUUCUUGACAAGGGAAGCUUCACUGCUCGUUUUUUAAAGCUCUUCUCCUCCCUGGCUCUGAACCAGCUCUUAUUAUUUCAGAGCUUAGGGGCCGUGCUGGCCAGGAGGGAACAGGAACAUCGAGGGGCUUUGUACAGACAUUUGUACACUUGUGUAAUAUGUAAUAGGCCUUUUCACACUUCUGUUGAGCUUUUUACCUGUAACCUUUACUAUGUUGUAAAUUAAAUGCAGAUUUUGCCAGGUUGGAGAGUGUAGUGUGU